AUGCAAAAUGAGCCCGAUGAUGAUUUGGAAGGUCUACCUCCCUCUGUUAGACGGUAUAGUUAUGAAGGAAAAGAUCAAUUUUCUCGAAUACUUGCACUUGAACGUGAACGCCUGCUUGAUUCAAUGCGGAAUUCUCGUGAAAUGACCAACAUCGAUACGGCAUCCGGCAGUGCCAAAACAGAGCCAAAUAUUGAGACCACCGAACACAUUAUCUUUUCCAUUGAUCCUACCACUUUUCAACAGGAUUUCGUUGGUCCGGAUAUCAUCCCUAUUCAUUCGAUCCGGACAUCUUUCAACCCGAAGACUGAAUUACUUAUUGUCAAGAUGGUCACUGGUGAACACACUGAGAUCGCCUUCGCCGUCCACAAAGCAAUUGACAAGGCUCUUGGACGUAUGGGGCUUGACGAAGCCAUCCAUAAUUACCAUUGUGUCGACAUCGAUGUCAAUGGGCAGAUGAAACAGGUAGAUAUGGGCUGGGGGCCGAGAAGACCCCCUCACGGCUGUCCUAAGCGGCCUACAGUGAUUUUGGAAGUCGCUGUGUCAGAGACUCAAAGGAAACUUGACCGUGAUGUCAAUCUCUGGCUUGACCCUGUUAGAGGGAAUGCCAAUAUUGCGAUGGCAAUCAAAAUCAAUCGCGAGCGACCCAUGAUUAGUAUUGACAAGUGGGUAUGGGGUCAUGACAAUGGCACAUCCCUUAAAUCCCAACAUAUUGAGGUUUCAGAAAGUGAGAUCGAUAGAGUCAAAAUAUCCGGGGGACCACUCAUUAUUACCUUUCAUCUCUUUUUCCUACGAAGUCCUCAAACACCAAGAGAAACUAACGUGAUAAUCGACAAUGAAUGGUUGCGGAAGAUUGCCGAGUGGGGAUGGGAUAUGCAAUUUCAGUAA